CGUAAAGACCUUAGUUAAGCACUGCACCGAAUAUAAAACAAAUUGUAAAGAAACACACCUGAAAUGCUGCAAAAAGGUACAUUAAUGAAUAAACUUAGGCUCAGGCAAAGGCAAUUAAGAUAGUUCUUGAAGAUAACUUCAACAGCAUUAUCUCAAGAUUUUCUCAGUUCUUUUAAAUGUCCUAAUGUCCUGUACCACAUGCCAUCUUAAUGUAAUGUAAUAUGAAGCUAUGUUUAAGCACGAAUAAAAACAGUGUCUUAAUUCAAGAAAGUAUAUCAGUGCCGUUAAAGACAACUCAGAGCUCUCCAAAUUUUUGUUCGCGCACGGAAAGGUUAGAUCGAACGUACUCGAUCUCGCGUGGAAAGCGUAGCCAAGAUGGUGAUCCGGAAGGAGCUAGUGGAUCAGGACUGGGAGAUUUAUCUCCAUAGUUUUGAUGAGGACACGGCCUGGGGUGUCGACUACCGCCAGGAGAAGAACGUGUACGUCGGCGGCGCGACCAUCUUCAAAAGAGACCAAGCUGGGCAGAUUGUUGAGACUCAGCCUAUCAGAGGGAAGAUUCGGUUUCCUCACGCACCCUUCCGUUUUGGACUCCCCUUAGGGAUGGAUUUUCUCAGCGGUUCGGAGUCGGACCCUAGUGAGGGGCCAGGCUACGAGUCAGGCGAGGGGAGCGAGCCUUCAGUGACUUCCGAGUACCGGAAUCCGACAGAGGGACUUUUGGUGCCGAAGGAGGAGCCGGUGAGCCCCAUUGCACCACCCGAGCAAGAGCUGAAUCAGGGACUCAUGGAUCCCGUACCAUUAGGGUUUGGGUGGAGCUUGGAGGCAUUGAGGCAGUGGAACCUGGACAUGAAAGUUGAGCUUCUGAAACCAGGAGAGGAGACGCCGGAGCCUUCCAACAUGUGGGCCAGAGAAGAUGCAGACUGCAACGAGUGGCCUUGAUUGGGUUGAGAGCGCUGUUUUAUUUUUGGAGCUUUUAUUUUACUUUGAAGUACUUGUAGUUGAUUUUCAAAUGUAAACAAUUUUGUCAGAUUACUAGGGUGGUUUUGUUUACACACAUGGGUGUGGCCGCCGUACAUUAUUUCAGUUAUUGGAUUUAUAUCAAUCGUUCGUUUUCCUUACUCGCACGUUUGUUUAUUUGAUUUAUAUUUAACGCUGAGAACUUUCGUAAUAAUUGGAUCUUUGUCAUUUAAUGAAGAUUAAUAAAUGGACGGCGAAAAUUCUUUGUGAAAAUCAUGAUUUUUGGUUUUUCGUGACGUCCGAGAAAU